GACAUGUCUGCAAUCAGUCAGCCUGGAACACGGCCAUUCACUGCAAACACUGACACCUGACUUUAGCAAUUAAUUCGGCACACAUGCAACCUGGGUCAAUUAACCUCAGUGCACUCUUAGAGGCUACAAGUGUUGUUGGCGUGGGGAACACUCUCCUCUUGAUUGGCAGUGUGUAACUGAAUAGACGACUGUUUUCAGGAGGCUAUGAACGCCGUAGCCCACGAACAGGACUCGGGUCCUCACAACAGUUUUUCAACUGCAACCAUGCUGAUUGUGGGGCGACGUUCAAACGGGAGUGGCGUUUGAAAGAGCACGAGACCGUGCACACAGGAGCAGUAAAUAUGUAUGGGGACAUGGCUGAUAAUUGAGUGAUAUUCGAAUUCAGCUAUGGUUCAACGUGGAUUUAACCCCAUUCCCGAGCGAAUUGAUUUCGUGUAAAAAAAAUGUUUUGCUGAAGUGCGUAAACUCGCGAUAGUUCGAAUGGGAAAGUUAUUUCUGAAGUUUGAGCCUCAUGAUUGGAGUCAAAGAUUACGAUUGUGUAAACUAUCAUUUAUUGCCAUCUUGGUUCUCGUUUCUCAGCAACCUUUUCAAUGCGAAGUGGCUGAAUGUGCCCGUAGUUUCUCACGGAAAUCUCACCUGAGCCGCCACGCACUUUGCCACACCGGGGUGAAAGAAUUCCGGUGUUAAUUUCAGUUUAGGUUUAAUUUCGUACCCAUGGGUUAGGCUAUAGUUUGAGAUUUAACUCACACUAGUUAAUGUUUCACCCAACAGAUGCACAUUUGUGAGUUGCACAACUGCUUUCUUCAACGCGGACAAGUUGAAGAGACACGCCCAUUAUGCCCAGGGCGAAAAGGACAAGUACUUUAAGGUUGUUGUCCACUAGAUGGCGCCGAAUAACUACGUUGCCACUGAGAUUGCCCACAUUCAGCAUCCUCUAUUCCCUUUUAAACGGAUCCCCUUGGCCCUGGCAUGUUGCAAUUUCCCAAAUUGCUUAUUGACAUUCAAGAAACGGAGGGUGUAUAAAUUACAUUUGAAGGAGCAUGGAAUAGCUUCUGCUUUCAAAUGUAAAAAGAACGGAUGUGGAGUCAGGUUUGACACUCAUGUCGCUCGCAAAGCCCAUGAGAAGAAACAUGCAGGUUACCAUUACCCACAGCCUGAAUGCAAUCAUUUUGAGCAAACCUGGGCCACAUUCACCUGUAAAGCUGUGCCAGAAGGUGUUUAAGCAUGUGGACUCUCUGCGUAGACACAAGCGGACCCACGCCCUGCAGAAGCCUGUCCUGCUGUGCCCCAGCAGUGGCUGCAAGGCCUACUUCUCCACUAUCUUCAACCUGCAGCACCACAUCCACAAGGCCCACCUGCAGCUCCUCAAGUACCAUUGCUACUUCCCCGACUGCCACAGGACCUUUGCCAUGCGGGAGAGCCUAAGCAGACACCUGGCUCACCACGACCCAGAUGCCAACCCUGAGAAGAAAGGCAAGCGACCCAAGAAGGACUGGCAGAAGCGUCUGGAAGGCCACCAGCUGCCCCUGGUGGAGGACGACCUGCGGCGCCUCUUCGCAUUGCGCAUGAGGGUAUCACGACGGACCAAGGUGGAGGUUAACCUCUCAGGCCUCUUCAACGAGCGCAAGAUCCCUCACUUUGUGGAAUCGGAGUUCAACCUGUGUGACCUCUUCAGCAUCAAGCCUCAUUCCUCCUUCCCUGCAGAACGAGGCCCUGUGGAGGUCACACAGCCAGAGGUCACUGUGGUCAAGGGUUUAACUUGUAGUCUGAAAGUGCCGUAGUACUAUAUUGAAGUUAAGUUGUAAAUACUAGUGAAGUACCAUUGCUCUUUUAGUUGCACUAAACUGAGAUCUUGAAUGAUAAAAAAUAAUAAUAAUUAUGGUACAUAAAGCUAUUUGUGUCAUUGUUUUCCUGUAUAGAAGCACUCGAGUUUUGUUUGCAUCCUUUGUCUGAUCAGACCUGACCCAAUAUAAAUAAAUAAUUUGAAGUU